CAAACACACACACACACACACACACACACAGUCAGAGGGAAGAUGGAGGACAGCAGCAGCAGCGGGGCGGACCUGAUUCGUCUUCUUCUUUGAAUGAAGGUUUAACAAAGAAAAUCAUCAUCAGAAUCCUUUGCACUGACCUAACCUAGGCUCCUGCUGGUCUCAUCCCAGAAUCCUUUGUGCUGACCUCGUGGAGGCUCCUGCUGAUGAUGAGCGUUUAAACCUCAGUCUGACACUAUCCGACCUCCACAGCCACCAUGAACCCCCAGGAGACGGAGCUUGGCCAGGAGGUGACGGAGGAGACUGACGCCCCUUCUCGCCAUAGCCACAACAACCAAAACAGCCGUUCCCGCAACCAUGACAAACGCUACAGACGCAGUGAAGCUGGAGCAGCUGCUGGCAGCAGAGUAAGAGCGGCACAGCAGCGCUGCCCGCAGGAGGAGCCAGAUGCGGAGCUGCAACCAGAAGCUCCCCUGCCACAGCCCCACCUGCCCAUCCCCCGACCCGCAGUGGCACGGUACCGCAGACAGGGGGACAGCGAGGCUCGGCUCAGGGCGCAGCAGCAGAGACAAAGACUCAGGCAACAGAGGGAGGCAGAGCGCGUUCAGCAGCGCCACAACGAGGACGAGGACCGAGAUCGGGACGACUCUGUGCUUGCACGCUCAGCCAGCACUGAGAGCGGCUUCCACGCCCACACGGACCGUGCCGAGGGCGAUGACGGCCUGCUAGUGAUGUCACUUGAUUCUGAAGGCCAACCAGAGGCCGAAGACGAGACAGGGAACUACGGGGUCCAGCUACGACCAGAAGCAGAGGGAUACACUGAGAGUGCUGAGGCUGAACAGCAUCAUGUCAAUCCACAUCUUUUUAGUCCUCAUCCCCGCCCACGUGACCCCAUCCCUGAUACCCAGAACCCCCAGAGACCAGGUGAAACCGAGGACAUGAUGAACACCGGUUACUCCAACUACGUGUACACGCAGCCCCUCAAUCCUCCCGGGGGGGAGGAGGACUUCUCAGCCAAUCAGAGAUUAGACAGUUUGGACGCUGGGCUGGCAGAAGAGGCGUACUCGGAGCCGUACGACAUUUACUCUUUCUCUGAACAUGUUUACGAGGAAAUCUGUGACGUGGCGUCCUCUGGUCCUCCGGCUGAAGUUGGUGCUGAGUCCCUCCAGCAGAGGAGGGCUGGCUUCCAGCUGUUUGACGGUCAGUCAGGGGACGGAGACUUCCACCAGCAGGAGGCGGUGGGAUCCCGUCUGCGUCACUACGACGAGCGCUCGGAUGGAGAGUCUGACAGUCCAGAGAAGGAGGCAGAGUUUGCCCCGUAUCCUCGCGCUGACAGCUGUGAUCAGGAGGAGGACGUCGAGCACGCUGGGGCCGAGGUCAGACAGAGCGUGAGUGCUCACAGUCUGCAUCACACUGUUGGAGACACCAUAGAAGAAGAAACUGAGCUUCCUCCAGGAGAAGAUAAAGUCCACUCUGAGACCGAAAACGACCAAGCUGCGGGACAAUUAAAGCUGGGCAGGAAACUGACUGUGAGUCCCUCAGAGGAGGCGGAGUCGACAAAGAGCAGUCAGGAGAAGAGAGACGCCAUUUCUCUCGCCAUCAAGGACAUAAAGGAGGCCAUUGAGGAGGUGAAGACCCGGACAGUCAGGUCUCCUUACACACCUGAUGAACCCAAAGAGCCGGUCUGGGUGAUGAGACAAGACCUGAGCCCGAGUGCAGAGUGUGACCUGCAGCCACCACCAGGGGGCGAUUCUCCUCGUUCAGGCUCCCCGUCUCCUCCAGGAGCCGAGUCUUCCAGCCUCCACUUGCUGCAGGACCACACCUUUGACUCCUCCCCCUCCACUACUGAGUCCAGGAGAAGUCUGGCCUCCUUCCCCACAUAUGUAGAAGUCCCAGGACCAUGUGACCCUGAGGACCUGAUCGAUGGGAUCAUCUUUGCUGCGAACUACCUCGGCUCCACCCAGCUGCUGUCGGACAAAACGCCUUCCAAAAACGUACGAAUGAUGCAGGCGCAGGAGGCCGUCAGCAAGAUAAAGACGGCCCAAAAAGUUGCACAAAACAGGAAGAAGGCCCCCGAAGGUGAGCCUCAGCCAAUGACAGAGGUGGAUCUGUUCAUCUCCACACAGAGAAUCAAAGUGCUGAACGCCGACACACAGGACACCAUGAUGGAUCAUCCUCUGAGGACCAUCUCCUACAUUGCUGACAUCGGGAACGUGGUGGUUCUCAUGGCUCGCCGCAGGAUGCCCCGCGCAGACUCCCAGGAGCACCUGGAGGCCUCCGACCCGGGUCAGGACAGCAAGCGGCAGUACAAGAUGAUCUGUCAUGUGUUCGAGUCCGAGGAUGCCCAGCUGAUCGCUCAGUCCAUUGGGCAGGCAUUCAGCGUGGCGUACCAGGAGUUUUUACGAGCUAACGGUAUAAACCCGGAGGACCUGAGCCAAAAGGAGUACAGCGACUUGCUCAACACUCAGGACAUGUACAACGACGACCUGGUCCACUUCUCGAAGUCUGAGAACUGCAAAGAUGUGCUCAUAGAGAAAGGUAAGGGGGAGAUCCUGGGUGUGGUCAUCGUGGAGAGUGGGUGGGGCUCCAUCCUGCCCACCGUCAUCAUUGCCAGCAUGAUGCAUGCUGGUCCGGCAGAGAGGUCUGGCAGACUGAACAUUGGAGACCAGAUCAUGUCCAUCAAUGGGACCAGUCUGGUGGGACUUCCGCUGUCCACCUGCCAGAGCAUCAUCAAGGGUCUGAAGAACCAGGCUCGCAUCAAACUGAACAUUGUCAGAUGUCCCCCGGUGACCACCGUACUCAUCAGACGGCCUGACCUCCGCUACCAGCUGGGCUUUAGCGUGCAGAACGGCAUUAUCUGUAGCCUGAUGCGGGGGGGCAUUGCUGAGCGGGGCGGGGUCAGAGUUGGUCACCGAAUCAUCGAGAUCAACAGCCAGAGUGUAGUGGCCACACCCCACGAAAAGAUCGUCCACAUCCUGUCCAACGCUGUGGGAGAGAUCCACAUGAAGACAAUGCCUGCGGCCAUGUACCGCCUGCUGACGGCUCAGGAGCAGCCUGUUUACAUUUGAAAGGACAGAGUCUCCAAUGUUGGUUGCAAUGUUGUGUUCUGCAGCCUCGUCUUUAUCAUAACAACACAAAUGUUUGAUCUGUUACUGUGUUUAAAGGUAAAAUGAGUAACAGAGGGUUUACACCUGAAUCACCUGUUCUCUGCUGGAAUUUGUAUCUGAACAUGUGUCAGUCUUAAAACACGUCCACAUUAAAAGUGUCUUUAAUGUUCCGAUUGGGAAACUCACACAGUUUCUGUCAUUGUUAAAUAAGAGAAAGCAGAAGUUAGAAACCUUAUUUUUAUGAGCUUGGCACUUAACCCUGAUUGUUGACUAUAAGGCAGCCUGCACAGCAAGUCCUGACCUUCACAGCCUGACGCUGCUUUCUGCCACGCUGCUAUCUCACUGUCAGACCUCUGCCUGUUUGAUGUGCUUUUAUUUCCUCCUGUUGUGGAAACAUGUAAUGAGACCAGCCUGCUUUCACUCUCACAUCCCCAUCCUAAUUACAGUACAAAUAUUUUACUUUAGUUUUAAAUUUAUAAACCCUGUACAAAUGUGUUACUUUACUUAAAUGUUACAAAAUACUGUAUUAUGUGUCACUUUAAUGGAACACGCUGAAACACUGUACAGCUGUGUACUCUGCACAUCACAGACAAACUGAAUCUUUUUCAUACUUCCUCACAUUCCAUAUCUGCUGCUUUGUUUGAUCUCAGCAUUAAAGGUUUGAUAUUUCAUACGCAGAGCUCUCACACUCUGCUGUAUCCCCAACGGUGAUAAUACACAAAACAGCUGUAGUAGC